AUGUCCCUGGACGUCCCGACCGCCGUUUUCACGCGCGGCGCAUCGAUGGUCGUCGCCGCCGCGUCGCGUCCCGCCUCGGACGUCCCGCGCGGGCCCAGAGAUUUCCUCUCUGCGCGUCCCGACGGCGCGUACACCGUCGCCGAGGCGCGACGGGCGACUCCGAGCGCACCGUACGUCCUCGACGACGCCCGCGCGCACGUCGAGCGACUCGCGCGCGCGGCGGAGACGCCGAGAGAGGCGACGCGCGAGGCGUGCGCGGACGCGCUUCGCGUCGCCCUCGACGCGUGCGCGGCGCACGACGCGUUCGAUGGGUUCGAUGCGGUCGUCGUCACCGCGCUCGCGCGCGCCGUGGACGCGAACGCGCGAGGUGAGGUGGUGGUGGAUGUUUUGGUGCGCGGCGCUCGGCGCGACGAAAAGACGGAGCGAGACGACGCGGGUUCGGUCGGCGCGUACGUGGACGUCGCGAACGCGCGAACGCGGAGCGCGCGAGAGCCGUGGGACGUGAAAUAUUCUGGGUGGAUUCGCGAGCGGGCGCCGUUUGAGCGUCGAUUGGCGGCGUGGAACGCGGCGAAUCCAAACGACGCGUGCGUCGAGUGCGUCAUGACGCGCGCCGUCGUCGACGCCGACGGCGAAAUCGUCGAUCACGAACUCUUAGAGGGUCUCACCACGAACUUUGCCGCGGUGUCGAGUUCUAUGACGAACGAGCGAACGAUCCAUCGCGCGUGCGAGAACGUCCUUCGCGGGGUAGCGAUGGAUCGUCUCGACGCCGCGCUGCGUGCGGCGUCCGCCGCUCGGCGCGCCGCCGACUCCGAGUCCACCGAUCCAUCACCUCCAUCCCCCGUCACCCUCUCCAACGUCCUCUCCGGUGUCUACGACGCCGCCUUCAUCACCAACGCCCUCAAGCCCGCCGUUCCGAUCGAUUACCUCAUCAUCGAUCGCGGCGCCGCCGCGCCGCCGCGCCGCGUCCCGCUCCCGCGCUCCCGCGCGCUCCGCGCCCGCCUCCUCGACGUCCACGUUCCCGCCGCUGUCGCCCAUCCCACCGCGCACGCGGACGCGUAA